CUGAUUUUUGUUUACAAAUUUUCUCAGUCGAAUACGAGAGUCAAUAUUUCGGAGAUUUAAUUCAAUUAAUGUGAUUUUUAAAAAGUAGAUUAAAUAAAAAAUGUCAGCAGAAGUAUCAACAACUAAUUUUACAUUUAAGGUCGUUUUGUUGGGAGAAGGCAAGGUCGGCAAGACGAGUAUAUUAUUGAGAUUUGUACACGAUCAAUUCAAUAAGCAGCAUUUAUCGACGAUACAAGCAUCAUUCCUAAAUAAGAAAAUUAACUUUGAGCACGAUGAUGGAAGGAACUGCCGAGUAAACCUUAAUAUCUGGGACACUGCUGGUCAGGAAAUGUUUCAUAGCUUAGGACCCAUCUACUAUCGUAAUUCACAAGGUGCAAUUCUAGUUUACGAUGUCUCUAGCGCUGAUUCAUUUGAAAAAAUUAAAAUGUGGAUAAAGGAAUUAAAGAAGGUCGUUGGCGAUGAAAUCGUUUGUGUGAUUGUUGGAAAUAAAAUUGAUUUACAAAAAGAAGGAAAGGCACAAUAUGAUCCCGAACCGCAUAGUCAAUACGCAAAAAGCGUGGGCGCGUUACACUUUCUAACGUCAGCAAAACUCAAUGAGAAUAUUGAUGACUUGUUCCUCGAAAUAUCAAAGCUAAUGAUUAAGGCUCAUGAUGACAAGCAGCAGGCAACGGCGACAUUAAAUAGAUCAAAUUCGAUGAGACGACGCUUGAGAGUUGAAGAAAAUGAGACUGAUGUAAAUAUUCAUGAGAAUUCUGAGGCAUCAAAUUCAAGAUGUUGUGGACGAUAAUUAAAUGUUUAUUGAAAUUUAAA